CAGCGCCGUGGGAGGGGAGACGCCUAUAGAGCUGCGCGCGCACCUCGGGAGGGCAGCUGUUGGCGCCAAGGAUAUACCAUGCAGGAUAGCAUCAAAUUAGCCUCAUGUGGGGAUGACAUUAAAAUCUGGGAUUCGCUUUCAAUGACGGUGGUGGAACAGUUUAACCCUCACAAGAAACCCUGUGAAAUAACGUCUGUUUGCUGGACUGUUGAUAAUCAGUGUUUGUUGAGCUCAUCAAGUAGUGGGGACAAAAUAGUUCUGUCAUCCUGCAGAUCCACCCCAGUUCCUAUAAAAGAUCUUGCUGAAGGGAAAAAGCAGACAUGUCUAAGUCUGAAUUCUAAUUCGAAAUGUAUUGUAAGUGGAGGUCUUGAUAAUACAGUCAAUAUCUGGGACAUAAAGUCAAAGAGAUCGCAUAGGACACUGAAGGAUCACAAAGAUGAAGUCAGUAGUGUCUGUUUCAAUUGGAAUGACUACUAUAUAGCAUCGGGUUCUCGCAGUGGUGAUAUUAUUGUGCAUAGUGUUACAACUAAUAUUUCUAGUGCUCCAUUUGGUCAUGGUAAAACUCAGCCAGUGCAAAAUCUGAAGUAUUCCAUCUUCAAGAAAGCUUUGUUGGGGAGUGUUCACGACAGUGGAGCUGUAACUCUUUGGGAUGUUAAUACACAGCAACCUUACCACACCUUUGAAAAUGCUCACAAGGCUCCAGCUUCUGGACUUUGCUUUUCACCAGUGAACGAUUUGUUAUUUGCCACAGUUGGUUUGGAUAAAAAAAUCAACUGCUAUGACACUUCAAGCAAGAUGCUGUUGAGAACUAUUUCUGUUGAAGCCCCACUGACUGCAAUAGACUUUAUGACAGAUGGAGCAACUUUGGCUGUAGGAUCCAUCAGGGGCAAAAUUUAUGUGUAUGAUUUACGUGUGACAACUUCACCACUCAAAAUUGUUAGUGCACACAAGAAAUCCAUACGGUGCUUGAAGUUUCAGAAUGGUUCUGCACAGUUUAAGUCAAAUGGGAGUAAAAACUUUACAAGCAGAGGCUCAUCUUCAUUGUCCACCACAGCUACCAAGAGGACUUCAGCUAAGGUGAACAGUGCUCCAGGAAGUGGCAGUGCAAAGGAAAUCCAGGAGUUUACUGCACAAAUGACAUCUGCACCAGCUGUGAAAGUACCUACUGUCCUAGAAGAAAAAGGAGCUGAAACUAAUCUGGAUGUGAAAGGUUUAUCACAUAGCACCAGUUUGGAUGUAAUUCCAUCCAAAGAAACAGAAAAUGCAAAAAGAGCAGAUAACAGUGGCAAUUUUAAAAACCUUGAUUGUGUGGGUAGAAACAGUUUUGGAGAUUUAUUCUCUCCAGUCAGAGAUGAUGUCGCUGGAUUAAAGACAAAUGAAGACAGCAUGACAAAAGGAAAUGGUUCAGGCUUUUUGCCACAGUUGAAUGCUAUAUUUUCCACAAGAAGUAAUCCAGUGGGUGCCAGUACACAGGAAGAUUUGAACUCAAACUCCUUGCAAGGAUUUGGAUCUCCAUCUCCUAUUAAAGAGCAGACUCCACAGCGAGACAUGAGUGCCAUAUUGAGCAAGCUCCAGAGUGCUAAGCAAGAUUCAAAAGAGCUAGUUAACCAGGAAAAUAAAGUCAUAGGAAUGCAGAAAUCCAAAAUGAUUGAGCAUAAUGGCCAGUUGGGAACCGCAAGAUUGGAUCAGUUGCACACAUCACUUGCUGAGUGUGAGACCUUGGGGACACCGCUAACAUCUUCCAUGGUGAAAACACCUGAUGUAUGUGAAAGAAAAGGAAGAGAAUUUCAGUUUCCUCAGGAAUCCCCGGUGCUGGAGACCUCUACAUCUGGUGAAAAGAUGAUGUCAACUCCAGGAAUUCCGAAGCCGUCUGACAAGAUUGUGGAUGCUUUUGGAAAUGAUGGCAUUGGACAGCAAUUUACAUCCAUUCAAAUUCAGCUAAUUAGGACCAUGAUCCAAGAAACUUUGGAGGAUUACAAAGAUGCAUGGCAUCGAGACAUUGUAAACCUACAGGUGGAGAUGAUCAAGCAAUUCCACAUUCAACAGAAUGAAAUCCACGGUUUACUUGAACGAUAUUCUAUUAAUGAAGCUUUAGUGGCAGAAAACGAGAGAUUGCGAGAAGAGAAUAAAAGACUGCGAGCUACAUUUUAAUAACAUGUUUCUGAGCCUGCACGGCAGCAAGCAACAAUACUUUCUGCAACAUGGAAGGCUCAGAUGGUGGACAUUAUUUUGUAAAAAUAAACAGUUCCUCAGAUUAGUCGGCCUUUGUUAAUAUUAUUUCUUAAAAUGGUUAGAAUUAAAGCAUUGGAGGUCUGUAGUUAGCUGAAUUUUCAGAGGAAUACCUGCUGAAGUCUGAUAGAUUUCUAGUUAAUUUUACUUCUAUACACUGGAAAUGUAUUUUAAAAAAGACACUAUUGAAAUUCAGUAUGGAUUAGAAUAAAGAUUGGAAUAGUCAUGUAUUCUACUGUACUGGAAUUUCUCAAAUUAACCAAUGAAAAUAUUAUUCAAAAAUUACAGUCCUCCAAAUGGUUUGUUUGAAGUGGUGAUUUUUUUAAAACGCUAGAUCCUACUAUUUGUCAUUGUCAUGUUUUUGUCAUCGAACAUCAGUGGCCACAUCUGUUCAGAUCCUUAAUUUGGGUUGCUUUUCAGAGGUAUCGUUUGAGUUUUUGAAAAACUUUGAAAACAAGGUAACAGUAUAUUUUAUAUCUAUUUCUGGUCCAAGCAGUGUUUUCAGGACUCUGGAGAAGUGAAACUAAAUGUACAGAUACUAUAUCAUUAUUGAAAGAAUGGCGUUUAAGUGCCUUUUUGUAGAUCUGGUGGAUUUUUAGAAUACUUUGCUCAGUCAGCAGUAAGCCAAUAAUUUAGUCCUUAUUGUCCUUGAUCUGCAUUCAGCAGUUGUCCAGAAUUAACUCAUUGUUUAUAUUGAACCUUACAGUUUUAUAAAAUAAUUCCUUUUUAAUUUUGUUUUCAAUUAAGAAUUAAAUUGGAGUAUAUUUUUGAUGCAAAAUAUACUAUAUUAAACAUGUUAAACAAUAAAUAUACAAAUAAGCAUCGUGUGUA